CGCCAAAUCUGACUGACGACGGGCGCGAGGCAGCAAGGAGAUCCAAAGGGAGCGUGUGUGAGAUGCGGAAGGAAUAACAUGUAGCUACUUAGUCUUAAAAAUAGUAAAACCCUGUCAACUGUAAAGUAUAUUUUGCAGAAUAACAGUGUUACUCUGGAAGACCUGUCAAUAUUGCGACAUCAUAUGGUUUUGUUAUAUUGCCACUGUUUUCCACUCAAGGAUAUCGAAAGUGAGGGGAAGUCUCGGAUGGUGAUGCUGGCGACGGAAGAUCCAUCCGUGGACGGGCAUUUAGCAUCCACUCCACGGAGGAGAGGUAUGGAUGGCAAAGUCAAACCCAGCAAUACCAAUAAGAAGCUUGUUCAGGCUCGCCUUCCAUUUAAGCGUCUGAACCCAGAGCCAAAAGAGACCAGUGAACCCAAAAUAACUCGUGCCCUACCCUGCCCAGAGCCUGGGCUCUCAGAUGGGGAGAAUGAAUCUGAAAGUUCCCCGCUACCCAUGCGUCACGGACCAGCACUGGUUAACGGCCGCGGACCCCUGGAUGGAUUCAUGAGUCACAGCAGCCAAACUUCCCCAGACAAAAUAAUAGUUGUUGUUCUCACUGAGGACUUCAAUUCAACUGACCCUCUAAAGCAGCAACCUGUGACACCCAUUUCUGCCUCGUGUCCUCCCACCAAAAACAACCACCAGAGCAAAACCCUGAGUGCUGUAACGGCCACCAAAACAGAUCACACUGCCAAAACAGGGCCCUUAGACUGCAAGGUGGGGGAUGAACAGGAUGGGGAGGAGGAGCAGGAAGGGGAGGACACUGCAUCAAUCUCACAGCUAGAUACAACACAGGGAUCUGACAUAGAGGAAGAAGAAGAGGAAGAGUCUGUCAACCCUGAUAUGUCCAGUCAUGGGAAUGGGUCCAUGCUGUCUCCUUCAUCCACCAGCUCUCUGUCAGCGGCCGAGAGCUCCCCAGAGGCUGCCAAGACGGAGAACAAUCCUACUGUCGCGGAGCCACAUUCCACCCCUAAAAUAGAGCAGAAAACAGUGAAAAGACGCUCUAUAAAGAGUUUGCAGGAGCAAGAGGAAAGGCUACACCAGCGCCAAGAGAGAGAGCGGCAGCGGGAGGAGGCUAAAGCUGUUAAAGAGAAGAAAAAAGAGGAGGCUCGCAAACUGAAAGAGGAGAGAGAGAGGGAAAGAAAGGAGAAAAGGGAGAAAGAAGAGCGUGAAAAAAGAGAGAGAAAAGAAAAAGAGGAAAAGGAAAAAGCAGAGAAAUUAAGAGCGAAAGAGGAGCAUCGCAAAUCGAAGCAAGAGGCAAAACUUGAAGACAAGAGAAAGAAAGAGGAGGAGAAACGGUUGAAAGAAGAGAAGGAUAGGCUCAAAGCAGAGAAAGCAGAGAUAACACGUUUCCUACAGAAACCGAAGACUCCUCAGCAGGCCACAAAGACCCUUGUGUCUGCCUGUGGAAAGUUUGCUCCAUUUGAGAUAAAGGAGCACAUGGGUCUGGCGCCGCUGACCCGGGUCCAGUGUGAGGAGGCAGUCCUGGAUGAACUGGACCGGUACCUGGCUAAACCUGAUGGAAGCCUGCACGGCCUGAGGGACUGGACCAGAAAUGAGCCCCGCCGAUCAGGCCCAACCAAGCCCAGAAGCACAGACUCUAUGAGGGAGUGUAUAGUGAUAGUUAAGGGGCCUAAACCGGACGGUGUGCCUGACCGGCAGCACUACGGCCGCAUGAAGCUCCUUCAGUUCCGUGAGAACUACCGGCCUGCCUACUGGGGCACGUGGAGUAAAAAAAGCCCCCACAUCUCCCCACGUUACCCUCUCAGACAGGACAAGGACCUGUUGGAUUAUGAAGUAGACAGUGAUGAGGAGUGGGAGGAGGAGGAGCCAGGAGAGUCCCUGUCACACAGUGAAGGGGAGGAUAAUGAUGAGGGAGGUGAAAAUGACGACGAUGAUGAGGAUGGUUUCUUUGUACCCCAUGGUUACCUAUCAGAUGGGGAGGGGGCAUUGGAGGAGGAAGAGGAGGGUGGCGACCCAGAGAAGCAGAAGGUUCAUCAGAAGCUGAAGGCCCGGGAGUGGGAUGAGCUGAUGGCCAAGAAGAAGGUGAAGGUGCUGGAGGCGGUAGUGAGAGGCUGUGUAUGGGAGGGGGAGGGUCCUCCUCUGGAGCUAUUCCAGCAAUUCGCUGUGUGUCUGGUAGAACCCCUGCCCAAGCCGGAGCCCAUCACCCCAGAGGACUACGCACAGAAACUACAACAGAAACUACAAGAAGAUGAGCAGCUGUUGUCCCAGUUGCUGCCACUGCUCCAUGGAAAUGUGAACAGCAAUAAGGUGAUCAUCACAGAGUUCCAGGAGUUUUGUCGCCAGAAAUUGACCUCUACUAUUUCCAGCCCCAAGAACUCAGGAGACAUCCCCACCAGGAUCCGUCUGAAGCGCCUUAUCAAGGGAAAUGCCAUGUAUGAGAAGCGCUCGGCCUACAGACGCUGCUGCUGGUACAUACAUACAGAGGUCCUGGUUCGCUUCAGCCAGGAGGCUCUCCCUGUGCCCUGCCAGUGGAACUACCUCACCUCUGGGGCCCAUGUGUCCCGUGAAGAAGCCUCGGCGGCCACAGGCUCACAGGGCAACUCCCCAACCACCCAACAGACCUCCACCACACCCUCCUCCUCCAACAAGACUCCCUCAUCCUCCAACAAGAGGAAGAGUGCCGGCAGCAUGUCCAUCACCAAGUUCAUGAAGAAGGCUGCCAACCCUGAGCAGGCUCAUGAGAUGGAUGGGUUCCAGGCAGACACAGAGGAGGAUGAGGAUGAAGCAGACUGCGUCAUAAUCCGUACACAGAAAGGAUCUACAAGAAAGGAUACCUCCCCCACAGAGAAUGAGAGCACAGAAAAAAUGGAGGUGACCCCCUCUGAUACGACUGCUCUGGCCCAUUCCCACCCCGGCCACCGCCUAAGAACUGCCCCCUAACUCUGGGGGUGUGUACCCAGUGUCAGAUAGAAUCAGGUCUUCAAUUAAGAUAACAUUCUGUAGUGGCACACAUGCCACCCACACAGUAUUACUUCCCACUCUGCUCCUCUAAGUACCAGACAUCUGCGUGUAAAAAUGAAAGUGUCUGACAGAGAAACUUAUUAGGACAUGGUAUAUUUUAGUCCAAUGCUCAACCAUUUUAUUACUUGGUUCAGUUGGAGUGUCAGACAUGUUUAUAUGGAUGUCUUUUCUUGGUGAGGAGUGGAAGGUGGCUCAGACAGUCAAGACUCUGCUACUACGGUAGAUUGGGUGGCCAUUCUAGUAGUUGCUGUGUGCUGGCCCAUGU